AUGUUCAUUGUUGUUUUGUGUAACAGGUUUAAAUUACAUAGAAGCGGAGAAAAUGAAGAUAGAUGUGCUGACCGCUUAUUUGUUGGCGCUAAAUCAAUCCGAGAAAGUGCCUGGUCAGCCACUUAG